UACUUCAGCUCAUGUAUAGCACUGUGCAUGUACUGUGCACUUCCCGCACACUGUAGUGUUGGUGGAUCAAAUGCCUGCGCUCUUGCACUUGACCCUAGUGGGCGGUGCAAACAAAUUUUAGAGACCAGAAAGCCCCUAAACCUCAAGCACAACUUUCAGAAGGCGCUUUUUAAAGGUCUCGUCACCAAAGAUCUUUGCGAGGUGUCAUUUAUGCAGAUAUGCACAAACUGAGAGACGCUGAGCAGUCGGUGUGAGGAAGUCUGUUUUUCUCUCUACUGUUCGGCUGUAUCUCAUGUCACGGACGCCUCAGUCUGUCGUCUAAUCAUCUGGACAUGAACGUCCUUCAAGAGUCCUGCUGCUCCAUCUUAGGAGUCCUCCUGCUUUUCCUUCUCCAAGGCUCAUGUUCUGAUGCAGAUACAGAUGUUGUGCAGAAAGCUGUUGGAGACUCACUGGAAUUAAUCGCUGAUUAUCCAAAAGAUGAUCUUGAAGUGCAGUGGAAAUAUAAUGAGACUAUAUUUGCUGAGUAUCGUAAUAGUGAUUUACAAAAAGUAAAAUCUGAAUUAUUUAAUGGAAGGUUAAAGAUGUAUAAGGACAAUAUUAGUGUAAGAGUAACAGACCUUAGACUUCAGGAUUCUGGAAGUUUCUCUAUUAUUGCAGAAGGAAAAUCUGAACAACAUAAAACAAAGUUCAUUGAGCUUCAUGUUCACGAGCUCGUCAGAGACGUUCAGAUUGAGUUCAGUGAGUCCUGGCUGCAAUCAAAAAACAUCUGCGUGUUUGAUCUUCAGUGUCUGUCGUCCGGUGAUCCCAAGCCCUCCUACAGCUGGAGCGCUCCUCAGAUCCAGACUCGAGGAGCUCACCUGAACAUCAGCCUCGGUCCAGAAGAAAACACCACCCUCACCUGCACAGCCAACAACUCCUACAGCGCCAACCACACGACACGGACUCUAGUGUGCACAGAGAGAGCUGAAGAUUCAAGUGUGUUGCCAGAGCAAGAUGCAGGGUUUCCUCUGGAGUAUUGGCUGAUUGCGGUUGGCGCCGGUGUCGGUGUCGUUGUUGUGGUCAUAUUCAGUACAACGCUCGCCGUGUGCUGCAGGAGGAGGACUAUUAAAGAAAAAGGAGAAAGUGAGGCUGGCAUAACAGUCUAUGAAGACGUGAACAUUGAUGGCCCGGCGAAGAACCGCUCUGAAAGUGUUGCAAACGGGAUGUCCAUUUAUGAAACGGUAAAAGACACAAAACCCUCACAGAACUUGCCUCAAACCCUGUAUGACAAAAUCAACUACCAGCGCCACCCUGCGGCCAGCACCAGCACCAGCGCCGGCACUUCCUGCUCUUUCCAGGAAGUCUUGUGAGAUUGGUCCUCCAUAAGUGAGACACAGAUAGACAGAUGGUUCGUGUUGUUAUCUCUGGAUUGGAUGAACCAGUCUCCCGAAUGUAUUGUUGGCUGCUUCGGUUGACCUUUGAACUCUUGCAUUAACUGUGCUGUGUAUUACAUGUAUCACGUUAAAAUACUUUUUUUAUAAACAGGAUCAUUUUAUUUUAUUUUAUUUUAUUUCACGAUGCAACAAUAUUGCAUCAUGCACACUAUCAUUCAAAAGUUUGGGCUCAGCUAGGUUCUCUAAAGUUAUUGAAAUUAGUCUUUUAUGCUCAGAAAGGCUUAAAAGUUAAAACAGUAUACAGUAAAUAUUAAAAACUAUUUUCUAUGUGAAUAUAUUGUGAAAUGUAAUUCAUUUCUAUGAUCAAAGCUGAAUAACCCUAAUUACUGGUUACUGUCAAACAGUAACAGUUCAUAUUUAUUGGAAACAGUGAUGCUUAUUAUUUUUCAUGAUUAUCUGAUAACUAGAAAGUUGAAUAGAACAGCAUUUAUAGAAAUCUUUUGUGUCAUUAUAAAAUGUAUUUACUGCCACUUUUAAACAGUUUAAUGCAUCCUUGCAUCUUAUAAUUUAUAUAUAAAAAAAUAAAAAUAAUAAUUACUGUUGAAACCAAACUUUUGAAUGGUAAUGUAUGUAUUUUUCUACACACUUUUUUGUAUAUGAUGAAUACUCCAAAUGGGUUAGUCUCACUUACUGAUAUGCAUUAAAAUGUAAAAUUUAAAUCAAAGCAAUAAUAUUACGACCAAAUAACCUCCAGAUGUCUGUGUGCAUGGCUCUUUGACAUGUUUUCAGUUUUGUAUUUCAGUUUUAAAGGUUUAUACAGGUGCUGGUCAUAGAAUUAGAAUAUCAUCAAAAAGUUGAUUUAUUUCAUUAAUUCCAUUCAAAAAGUGAAACUUGUAUAUUAUAUUCAUUCAUUACACACAGACUGGUAUAUUUCAAAUGUUUAUUUAUUUUAAUUUUGAUGAUUAUAGCUGACAACUAAGGAAAAACCCAAAUUCAGUAUCUCAGAAAAUAUUCAUAUAACUUAAGACCAAUACAAAGAAAGGAUUUUUAGAAAUCUUGGCCAACUAAAAAUUAUAAAAAUGAAAAGUGUGAGCAUAUACAGCACUCAAUACUUAGUCGGGGCUCCUUUUGCCUGAAUUUCUGCAGCAAUGUGGCGUUGUUAUGGCUGUGUUGACCUUUGACCUCAGAAAACACAGUGGACCAACACCAGCAGAUGACAUGGCACCCCAAAACCAUCAGUGACUGUGGAAACUUUACACUGCACCUCAAUCAAUGUGGAUUGUGUGCCUCUCCUCUCUUCCUCCAGACUCUGGGACCCUGAUUUCCAAAGGAAAUGCUAAAUUUACUUUCAUCAGAGAAAAUAACUUUGGACCACUCAGCAGCAGUCCAGUCCUUUCUGAAGCAAGAUGCUUCUGACGCUGUCGGUUGUUCAAGAGUGGAUUGACACAAGGAAUGUGAAGCUGAAACCCGUGUCUUGCAUACGUCUGUGUGUAGUGGUUCUUGAAGCACUGGCUCCAGCUGCAGUCCACUCUCUUUGUGAAUCUCCCCCACAUUUUUGAAUGGGUUUUGUUUCACAAUCCUCUUCAGGGUGCUGUUAUCCCUAUUGCUUGUUAAGUCUGACGUCACGUAGCAGCACUUCCGUGUCCAAACACUCUAUCAGUUACCACAAGAAAGCAACAAAAAGUUGCUCAUUUAAACUAGCAAUGUGAUAGAAUACUAGCGAAAAAGUUAUAAUAUUAACCUUUAACUCCAUACCGAAGUCCCAGAUAGCCAGACAAUGAAAAUAUAAAUAUAUAAAAAAAAAAAAUAUAUAUAUAAAUUAUUUGUGUUUGGGAUGCUGCGAGCACGGAGACUGUAGUGUAUACCAUAAGUUUGAAAGCAUUUAGCUUAAAUUAUUAAUAUGAAUAAACAGUGCUCAUAAACGGCUGCUGAGGUCGUAUUCUCAAAUGAAGCGUGUUGAGGCUUGGACCCAGAAACAGCGCUUCUUAUGUCAUCACUUAACAACUGAAUUGCUUGUACACUUAUUUUCUAUAACAUCUUUUCCUUCCCUUUGCAGUGUGCUUGGAGCCAGCCUCUUUUGCAAUAUCCUUUUGUGUCUUGCCCUCCUUGUGCGAGGUGUCAGUGGUCAUCUUUUGUCAAGUCAGCAGUCUUCCCCAUGAUUGUGUUUCCUACAGAACUAGACUGAGAGACCAUUUAAAGGCUUUGCAGGUGUUUUGAGUUAAUUAACUGAUUAGAGUGUGGCACCAGGUGUCUUCAAUAUUGAACCUUUUCACAAUAUUCUAAUUUUCUGAGAUACUGGAUUUGGGGUUUUUCUUAGUUGUCAGUUAUAAACAUCAAAAUGAAAGAAAUAAACAUUUGUAAUAUAUCAGUAUGUGUGUAAUGAAUGAAUAUAAUAUACAAGUUUCACUUUUUGAUUGCAAUUAGUGAAAUCAAUCUUUUGAUGAUAUUCUAAUUAUAUGACCAGCAUACCUAAUUCCAUCACACAGUUAUCUAGUGAAUCUGUAACAUAACAAGAAUAAACAUUUAAACACGUUUAGCAUAUUCACAGCUGGGAUAUUGUAAUGAUCCAGUUAAACCCUGCUUGUGUCCUCGGUUUAGGAGGAAGAUUCAUAUCAUGUAAUUCUGUCUGUGUAGGAGUAUGUAGCUUUUGUCAGAAUUCAGAUCGCAGAUCAAGUAUAGAAUUAAAGUCACUUCUCCUCUUUAUAAUUGCAACACUGUUAUGGAAAUUACCGAUUACUCACUUAAUAUUCCAAAAUAAUAUCACUGUUUCCAUCCGCACCCUUAUUUCUCACUCUGUCCAUCUGAGAUGACUAACACAUCCAACUCAUCAGCCUGACACUCCCACAUCCUUAAAACUGCCCUCACGUAACACUGUAAGACUGAAGCCGUCGCUCCAAAACUCAAGUCGUCUCACGAUCAUAAUAACCUCGGUCAGGUUAGGUGCCAGGAUAAACACGAGGCUGCGGGGACUAUGGGAUCUAGGACCAUUUUUGAAGGUCCUAGAUCAGAUCAUUUACACAACUUUAAUUUUAUAGAGUUUUUAUCUACUUUUGUCUCCCCAGAAAGACUUUUCGUUAGCUGUAUAAUCAGUAUGUUGUCACACAACGGCAUAAUGCACUGAAUGCUCUAUGCUUUUAUCACAGCCUUGUUUAAAUUCCUGUCAAAAAUUAAAUAUUGCGCUAACCUGACUAAGAGUCCACGUCCACACAACAGCAAAUGAGCUGUUAGUCCUUUAUUUAAAGGAAUAUUUCACCCAAAAAUGAAAAUGUGGUGACUUAGUUUCUUCAGUAGAACACAGACAAAGAUUUUUAACUGAAACCAUUACAAUCUGUCACGCAAUGUCCAAACUGUCCUGAGCUGAAAAAGAAGAGCAAACGUGCUCAGGACAGUUUAGACAUUGCGUGAAUCAGAGGUUAAUAAACAAUAUAAAUGCGGUUCAGUUUCUUGCACAGACUGAUCGUUUUGUCUUUAAACAUCAAUGUAUCGUCAGGAGCCACAGGGUUUCAUUUGGUUUUGUUUGUGUAUGUCGUGAUUCCCAUCCACUUCCAUUAUAAGACUGACAGACUGCAACGGUUUGAGUAAAAAAAAAAAAUCUUGUCUGUGUUCUACUGAAGAAACUAAGUCACCUUCAUCUUGGAUGGCCUGGGGUAAGCAGAUAUACAUCACACAUUUACAUGAUCCUGUAGCUCAAGUGGUAGAGCAUUGCCUUAAAAAGCGCAAGGUUGUGGGGUUCGAAUCCCAGGUAACCCAUGA